CAUCCACCCCAUCUCAAAGAGACAGCAGUUUAUACCACCUCACAAACAAUGCGUUCCUCCUUCCUCGCCGUUAUCGUUGCUUUGGCGGCAUUUAUCGUGUCUGUCAGGGCAUGUCAAAAAGAGGGCGGUUUUUGCCCAACACCAGACUCCUGCUGUGCAGGCUUGAAUUGCUCCAUGGGUGCUGGAGGUGUCACAGUCUGCAACGAAAUGGGUGCACCGGCGCACUCUCACAAUCAUGGAUUGUGGGAUCGGACAGGACUACUAGAUAUCAAUAGUAUCGCUGUUGUACCAAGCACUUUCGAAAGUAGAAUAAAAAGUCAGGCUGCCUUUCGUUGUCAAGUCUGAAUGUUG